AUGAGCGACAGACUCGAACUGAUCUCUCUAAAAGGACGUGGACGCGUUGAGGGUGUGAGAUUGAUGCUCACAUUUGCUGGACGAAAAUUCAUCGACACGAGAUUGACAAUCUUUGAAUGGAAAGAGAAGAAAAGAAAAGAUGGAUUUCAAGACGAUGCCAAACUGCCGGUGCUGAUCGUGAACGAGAGCACUCGACUUAUUGGAGUGAACGAAAUUUCGAGAUUCGUCGCUGAAUGCCUUGGGCUGUAUGGUACCAAUGCCGAUGAGCAAAAGGCAAUUGAUGACGUGAUCCACACUUUAGAUGAACUACACACCGGUCUUACACCAAUAAUUCGUGCCACACUUACAAAAAACUACGAAGAGAGGCGAGAUAUUUGGAACGAAUUCAAGAGUCGCAUGUUUUUCCCACGGCUGACAUCCUAUGAAACAGCGUUGACCGAUAAAUUGUUUCUUGUCGGAACACGGAUUUCCUGGGCCGACAUCGCGUUGAUCGAGAUGUUGACACGGUGCCAGAGUUGUUAUGACAGUUUCUACUUGGCGCAUUUCCCGAAUCUAAAAGCAUACUGUAGCCGUUUCGAAUCCUUACCGAAUAUUCGACCAUACAUUCAGUCGAGACCUAACUCUCAUUUUUAG